UUUGAAUAAGACAUUGUUGUUUUCGGAUUUUUGUUUCCCGAUUUGUUUACCGGAUUAUGGUUUGGUGCCUUUAAGUAAUUUUUGUAUAAUUUAAGACCAAAAACAAAAUGAUUAAUGAAUUGGAAAAAACAAAUUCGGAUUGGAGUUCUCAUUGUCGGAAAACAACGAUAGUGCAAGAAACGGGCACAAAUCUGGAAGAAAGGGAUGCUGAUAGUGAAGAGGACACUGAAUGCGAGGCUAAAGAAAAUUAUGAAGGUUUGAAUGGCACCACUCGCACAGUCACAUUGCAAACAUUAAUGAGCGCAAAUAUUUUGCAUCCAGGAAAGUCUUUAAUGACAAUUGAUUAUUUGGGGCAAAAAUUUGUUGGAGACUUGAUGCCAGACGGGAAAAUAAAAUCACAUGAGACGGAAACAAUUUUUCUCACACCAAGUGCAUGGGCAAUGCACUGCAAGCGAAUCAUUAAUCCUGAAAAGAAAAGUGGUUGUGGCUGGGGCUCCGUAAAGUAUAAAGGAAAAAAGUUGGAUACUUAUAAAAACUCAUGGCUGAGAAAAUGUGCUCUUCAAAAAGACAUAAAUAUGGAUGAUUCGGAAUCAGAAGCUGAUAAAAGGUCGGAUGCCCUUUUGCCGGUCAUAAAGCGCAUUGUUUGUCCACACAAUACUGUAAUCAAUCGAAAUAUACUACAUGAUGGAAACAUGCUGAUUAAAGCAGCAACAUUUAAUUCAACUGGCAGAGUUCAGCCGUUUUUAGUUACAUUUAAUUCCUCGGCUUUAUUACUAGCUGAUUUUCACUGCCACUUAACUAUGAGGGAAGUUUGCGGCUACUUUGGAGGUCACUGGGAUAUAAAUACUCACACACUUAUUAUAAGUAAAACUUACCCCUGCCGAAAUUUCGGUGCCGGUACACUAAAAGCAGCUGAAGAAGAAUGCAAUAUAAGAAAUAUGAUUUUGCAAGACCAGCUUUUGCUUGUUGGGUGGUAUCAUUCCCAUCCCAAAUUUCAAGCCGAACCAUCAUUACGAGAUUGCGAUGCUCAACUGGACUAUCAAAUUCGGAUGAGAGGCUCAUCAGAUGUUAAUUAUACACCAUGUAUAUCAACAAUAAUUUCGCCAUAUUUUGAUGAAAACCCCACAUUGGAAUCAGUCGUAAAGUCCAUUUGGAUUAUACCACCAAAUGAAACAAAACAAAUUUUAGAAUAUGGUCGUCCAAUGUUAAUGCAGUAUUCUGUUUUAUUGGACGAGGAGAUACCAGAGUAUGUGCGCUCUGAGUUACAGUCAUGUGUGUUGUAUUAUACACUGUUUCGAAAUGAAUUCGUCAGAUUUAACAGUAUAUUUAAUGAGGACAUUACGUUUAUAGAAAAGUUAAAAAAUUCGUUGUACUCGAAAUUUCCUACUAAACAAGACAAUACAGUAUUUUGGAACUGGAUUUGUGAUAUCUUGGGUUGUGCUCAAGAAGACGUCUUUAUUCCUCCAAAAACAGCAAAAUUUAAUGACAAUGAUGGACUUCAAGAUGAAGUUAGAAGAUUUACAAAUGUUAACAGAAAUGAUAAAUUAGAAAAAAAUAAUCUUGAUAAAAAAGGUGGGGAAAUAAAAGUAAUGUCUCUGCAGGAACAGUUGUGCCUACCGUCCGGGUUGAAUAUGAAUCCAGUGCGUACAUUUACCCCAUUGGCGGCCUCAACAUUUUUGGGUACUGGCACUACAUCAUCUCCUGGCCAAACGUCAACAAGUUCUUCUGUUGUAACCACAAGUUCUGGAAUUCUUCCGACAGUUGCCACAGUUGGAAAUAAUUCUACUGCUGCUUUAUCAACACCGAUUUUUACAGAAAUAACACCACAUAAUAGUCCAAUAACGGUACCCUCGAGCUCUGCAAGUCCAGUUAAGUCGGAUCAACCUAUACAAGGAUCUCCCUUAUCCCCUAAGCCUGAUAUAUUAUAUGCGCAAUCUCAAAGCCCAAAAAAUCAAAUCAAUCCAAAUCAAAGUAUAGGAAAUAUCUCUAACAAAUACAGCGCAGCUAAUCAGUCACAAUCUCUAUCAACAGUAUUUCCUUCUACGACAAAUGAUUUGGUCGCAGCAAGCUUAGCACAAUUAGCAGGUCAAAUAGCCCCGAAUUUUCUACCAAAAGAAUUGGCUACUAUUUUUCAGCCCCAGGGUGAUAAGAAUUUCGGAAGCUGCCUUUCUAAUAAUGGUGAUGAGCAAAAAAAUGACUCAAAAAAGCAUAACAUGUCCCAUAUGCAGGAGGUCGCGCAAGUAGGUGCCGAUAAUACCAAAAACAAGGCCGAUAGUUUCUUAUCUAAAGCUUCAAAUUUAUUUAAAACUAAACUUAUGAGAGAAUUGGAUAAAACAAAAAAUGAUCCCAUAAAAAUAAAUGAACUAAUGCGCUCUUCGGAAUAUGCUACGCUCUUAUUACAACAGGCAGAAGCACUCGGUGCUACAACACUUGGAACGCUUGGACUUGGUCAAGACUUAAAUUUCAUAUCAAGUACUUUCGAAUCGAAAAACGAUUCAGUGCCCACAGCUGAUCAUAAAAACAUGGCUCAAGUAUCUAAAUUACUCGGGUACGAUGCUUGCAUACAGUUAGCAAAAUCAGAUGACAUAAAUGCUUUUAUACAGCAACAAAUGGGUGCUGUGGCCGCUGCUGCUUUAGCAAAUGUGUCGGUUGGUGCGUACAAAAAUCAAAAACCUGCUUCCACAGCGGAUACUCAAGCUGAUUAUGGGUCGCUAUUACAAACAUACUCUAAACUUUUUGGAACUGAAAAUAGUUUUCGUGGCGGAGGAAUAGCAGGAAACAUCUCAAGUAAUUCUCAUAAUGAAUUAUCAGCCGCACUUUCUGCUGGCGCUGACUCUGAAUUGUCUUCAUUUGUUUCUGGUUUAAAAUCAAAAGACAUCGCUUCGCAAAAUCAACAAAGGGAAAGUGAUAAUCAAAAUCAAACUGAGAAUCUAAUGUUAUAUCAUCAAAACAAGACUACCCCUGACUUGGGUAUGUUAUUUGCGUCUUCGUCAGCAGAAACAAAUUUGUCUCCUCCUAAUAAAUUGGAAAAUUCCAAUGGGAGCACGGCAAAAGAACUUGUCAUUACGGACCCUUCACUUUACUUUAAUACCUUUUCGCGAGAUAAGACACAUGAUUAUCCUUUCUUCCAGCAGCAAAAUAUAAAGCAGGAUGGAAAUUUUUUUAUUUCGCCAGAUGCUAUAAUGAAAAUUCAGAAGGACUCUCUGUCCGCAAUAAUGAUGAAACCACCAAAAUCGACCACUGCAAUUACACCUACACUCUCUCACGGACGUGAUGGGUCAACAUCUCCAGCUGUUGGGAGACUUACGCCAGUAAAGAGUGCUGCUGACUUCUCAAACAAUACUAAAAAUAAUAUGAAAUAUAAUUUUAGUGCAAUGGACUUGGCAGUUUCAAGUAUACAGCCUAAUACGUCCAUUGCGCUUCCCAUAGAUAUCGAUCACAAUCUACUGUCGCAUCGAAGACCGUCAAAUACACCACCCGUUGAUCUCAGCCGGUUUUACAGCGAAGGUCUAUCAUCAUCGACAAUUGGUUCUAUGAAAAAACGUAUGGAAUACUCAUCAGUAGCAGAAUUGGCUGCACCACCACCUGCGAAAAUGUCGAAAGCAAAUGAAAAUACACAUUCUAAGAUGUAAUGAGAUAUUACUCAAUUAUUUAAUAACAAAUGGCAUUUAAUGUAACGGUAAAAUGUAUUUUGCUAAACUUGCUUAGAUUAUUUAUUAGUUUCCUAUAUAUAACUAAAACUAACAAUUCGUUUGACUUCUGUGUUUUCUGUUAUGGCUUCAAUAUAUUCUGCAAUUUAUUUGAACAAAUAAAAACAAUUUAAUUAAAUGC